GAUUGGAUGGAACCAUUCGAGAACAUUCAUUGGUGUGACAAUACUGACGACAAGAAUGGUAGAGAUCUCUUUUGGAAAAAGAAUGACAAGGCCGACAAGGCGCCGUCGGAACCGCCUCUGGCGCCACGCGAACAACGAAUGGUGCGACGUUUGAUACUGACGGGAGACAGUGAACACAACAUUCCACAUGUGCGGGGAUAUCUACCGCCGGAAGUCGCCUUUUUGACCGAUCUACAAGCCAUCCAAAUUAGUUACACAGAGUUGAAUGCCGAUCUCUCCGAAUUGCUCCCCACCCAGCUCGAAACACUCUCCUUGUUAACGUCCCUCUUAUACACGUACAAUCAAAUCAGAUCCACCAUUCCCACUCGAAUUGCCAGACUCCAACAACUCGCUCGUUUGGAUCUACAGUGGAACCACUUGUCCGGGUCCAUUCCGUCCGAAAUUGGAGCCAUGACGCUAUUGACGUCGCUCAAUUUGGAACGCAACCGCGUAAAAGGCAACAUUCCAUCCGAACUGGCUCUGCUCAGUUCCACUAUGAAACACCUGUAUUUCCAAGAGAAUCAACUCGAAGGGACGCUCCCGUCCGAGUUGGGGGAGAUGACAGUGCUCCAAUGGUUGGAUAUCCAUUCCAACUACUUGCAGGGAUCCAUCCCGACUGUGUUUGGGAGAAUGACCUCACUCGACACAUUCGAUGCCUACCAGAAUCGACUCGACGGACCCAUACCCUCCGAACUAGGAAACAUGUCCAGUGUCAAAACACUCAAUUUGUGGGGCAACAAUCUGUCCGGUGCCCUGCCGUCCGAGUUGGGAUUGUUGGCUCCCACGUUGGAAAAACUCUAUCUUCAUGACAACCCGCGUCUCAACGGGAGAAUUCCUAGCGAAUUUGGUCUGCUAACGCAUUUGAGAGAACUGUGGAUUCAUAGCACGGACUUGACAGGUGCCAUCCCAUCGGCCCUGUGCAAAAUGCCAUCCUUGAAGCGAUUUGAAGUGAAUUGCUUGAAAGUGACCUGUCCGGGAGAAUGUGUCUGUCGGUGUUAUGCAUUUUAA